AUGCCUCUGUAUGCUAAGUUCAUGAAGGAGAUGUUGAGCAACAAGAGGAACUGGAAAGAAGUAGAGAUAGAGGUACUUACUAAAAAAUGCAGUGCAAUCAUCCAGAGGAAUCCCCCUGAAAAACAGCAGGAUCCCGGGAGCUUUGUGAUUCCUUGUACCAUUGGAAACACCCUUAUUCGGAAGACCUUGUGUGAUCUUGGAGCAAGCAUCAACGUCAUGCCACUAUCAUUGAUGAAGAAGCUCCAAAUUGAUGAAGUAAAGCCUACCCGUAUUUGUCUCCAACUUGCUAACCGUUCUAUCAAGUUUUCCUUUGGAGUGUUGGAGGAUCUACUUGUGAAAGUAGGGUCUUUUAUCUUCCCUGCUGAUUUUGUGAUAUUGGAUAUGGAAGAGGACAAGAAUGCAUCCAUCAUUCUUGGAAGACCCUUCUUAGCCAUAGGAAGAGCCCUUAUAGAUGUUCAUAAGUGUGAAGUAACUAUGAGGGCCAAUGAAGAGGAGAUUGGGCUAAAUGUUUUAGAGGCUUUGCAAUAUCCUGAUGAUUCUGAAGGAUGCAUGAGAAUUGAUAUCAUUGAACCUCUGGUUGAAGAAUUGUUUGAAGCUGAAAGGCUUGAAGAUGAUCUCAACACUUCUCCUGAAGACACUCUGCUUGAAGUUGAUGAGGCAGCACUGAUGAGCGGAUAA